UCUGAGCCGUCCGGAGGUAAAAAACUAUUCCCGUUUAGUGUUUCUUCUGUUACGGAAGGGUCCUCAAUUUCAUAUUAUUCCGGCGACGAUGUCGAUUUACAGGAUCGCAAGAGCCUUACCCUUCUCCGGGAUCUUCAGGCAGCUCGAGCAAGAAGCUGAAACUGUGAUCAAUGUUCUUCAACCUGGACCUUUGGGGAUCAUAGAGCACAAGUUCUCGGCACAAGAGAUUCGGGAGGCAAAAGCUACAGUUUCUAGAGCAGUUGCUAAUUGGCGAAGACAUUCUGAGCUAGAGCAUGCAAAUGGCCUUUUGAAAGAUUACAUUUAUAAGUGAAGAAGUGAGUAAAACCUCUACUUGUGUUUGUUUCUUCGUUUUCAUGGCUGAUGUAUAAGAAUAGGCCUUUCAUCUUGCUGAACAAUCUUUUGUGAUCAAUGAAAAAGCAAUUACUUCUCUUUUA